CUUCUAUUUAAAAUCCUUUCCUUUCUCCUUUCUAACACACAGUAGUUCCAACCAUGGCUGCAGCAUUCUCAGGACCUUCCCUGAUGAUGGACGAGGAAGGGAGGUUUGGGGCAGAAGUCGCUGACGUGCAGUCAUGGUGGAGCUCUGAGAGGUUCCGGCUGACUCGCCGACCCUACACUGCCAGAGAGGUGGUGGCAUUGCGAGGGAGCCUGAGACAGAGCUAUGCAUCAAAUGAGCUUGCCAAGAAGCUUUGGCGAACCCUAAAAACCCACCAAGCAAACAAGACAACCUCGAGGACCUUCGGUGCCCUAGAUCCGGUCCAAGUAACCAUGAUGGCCAAAUACUUGGACACUGUGUACGUGUCUGGGUGGCAAUGCUCCUCCACCCACACCUCAACCAAUGAGCCUGGGCCCGACUUAGCGGACUACCCCUAUGAUACAGUUCCCAACAAAGUUGAACACCUCUUCUUUGCUCAACAAUAUCAUGAUAGGAAGCAAAAUGAGGCUCGUAUGAACAUGAGUCGAGAAGAGAGGGCUAGGACCCCUUACGUAGAUUAUUUGAAGCCUAUAAUAGCAGAUGGAGAUACUGGGUUCGGUGGGGCCACCGCCACGGUUAAGCUUUGCAAGCUCUUCGUGGAAAGGGGCGCAGCCGGGGUCCAUAUUGAGGACCAAUCAUCUAUGACCAAAAAAUGUGGCCAUAUGGCAGGGAAGGUGUUGGUCUCAAUCGGAGAGCACAUUAACCGGCUUGUGGCCGCCAGGCUCCAAUUUGACAUAAUGGGGGUUGAGACUGUGCUCGUAGCACGCACCGAUGCGGUGGCCGCCAACCUCAUCCAAACUAAUGUGGACUCAAGGGAUCACCAAUUCAUAUUGGGGGUCACAAACCCUAAUCUUAAGGGGAGGGCCUUGGCCACUCUCCUAGUAGAGGCCAUGGCUGCUGGGAAAAAUGGCUUGGAGCUACAAGCCAUAGAAGACGAGUGGUUGGCUAAGGCCGGCCUCAUAACUUUCUCUGAAUGUGUCAUGAAUGCGAUAAACAGGUUGAAUAUUGGAGAGGGAGAAAAGCGGUGGAGAUUGAAUGAGUGGGAGAAGCUCUCAGGUUACAAUAAUUGCCUCUCUAACGAGAAGGCUAGAGAAAUAGCCACGGGGUUCGGGUUGAAAGACUUGUAUUGGGACUGGGAUUUGCCGAGGACCCGAGAAGGAUUUUAUAGGUUCAAGGGCUCAGUAAUGGCGGCAGUCGUUAGGGGAUGGGCCUUUGCCCCUCAUGCUGACCUCAUAUGGAUGGAGACCUCAAGCCCUGACUUGGUUGAGUGCACCAAGUUUGCACAAGGGGUUAAGUCGGUGCACCCUGAAAUAAUGUUUGCUUACAACCUCUCUCCUUCUUUCAAUUGGGAUGCAUCAGGAAUGACUGAUGCACAGAUGAGGGAUUUUAUACCUCAGAUUGCGAGGUUGGGCUACUGUUGGCAGUUCAUAACCCUUGCUGGGUUCCAUGCAAAUGCACUAGUCAUUGACACUUUUGCCAAGGAUUUCGCAAGGAGGGGGAUGCUUACUUAUGUGGAAAGGAUUCAGAGGGAGGAGAGAAACAAUGGGGUUGAUACACUUGCGCAUCAGAAGUGGUCUGGUGCUAAUUAUUAUGACAGGGUGCUCAAGACAGUUCAAGGCGGUAUGUCUUCGACUGCAGCCAUGGGCAAAGGGGUAACUGAAGAGCAGUUCAAAGAAACAUGGGGAAAUACCAGAGCUAUUGACAUGAAUGGAAGUGGAGAAGUGAUUGCCAAGUCAAGAAUGUAGCAAGACUGUUAAAACCAAGAUAGUAGAGCCUUGGUUUAAUUUCACGUGUUUUAUCGAUGGGUGGCAGACAUUUAUAUUCCUUCUCAAAUGCAGCUUACUAGAAUAAUUUAAUAAAUAAUUUCCAAUUGGGAUUUCACUCUC